AAACAGGUUAAAAUGUCAUUAAAAAGAUUAAAAUUUGAUAAAAGUAUAAAAUUGGAAUGCACAUUUCAUGAUUUUAAUGAACCAAUUUUUUUUAAUAAUCCAGCCUGAAAAGGAGCAAUCAUUCUCAAGCUUCUCAUAACCAUUGCACUCGCUUACUGAUCGCCAUGCUCAUGCUCAUCCACUUAUUCAUCUCGUACCAAACUGAAACCAUGUAUCGUACAUUUUUACUUUGCAGACGACGUUCAAUCUCAUUUAGGUAAUUUUAUUCAUACGUUGAAAUAUCUGAAUUCAGGUCGAGGAAAAAAGAAAGGCUCCAAAGACGCCGCAGUCUGGGCAGCCGGAGCCAUCGCAGCCCUGGGAAGUAGCGCUCUAUUCGCAAUGAGUGGUAAAGCCGUUGUGGCUUCGACAGUUGCAUUAAUAUUGAGUAUUAUGUGUUACUUCAAAGGGCACGGAGGAUCAUCGCAUUAUACCGCAGCGUCAACCGCACCUUUGACUUCUGCCUAUCGGCACCAGUGCGCUGAAGCGAUCAUCGACGUUAACGCCAAAGAUUACAAUUCAGCGGUGAUCGGAUAUCGCAAGAGAACUCUCGAUGAGCCGUGGAAUUACCCGAGAUAUGCUUCUACUCCGUCCAGCGAGCCGAGUUAUAGUAGUCAUAGCCAAUGAAGGGUACCCGGGCCUUCAAUUUUUGUCGUUGUAGAGACGUGAUUAUAUCGAAUUGGAGGCCUUAGAUGAGAAUUUGUAUUGCAUUUUUUAGACUUUUUUUUACAUAGUUCGUAUUUAUUCGUGAUGUUGGUUAUUUUUAGGCUUGGAAAACUCGCGAUUCUUUUUAAAAAAUGUGUUGUUUAUUAUGUAGGUAGUUUAUCCAAUGUCCUGACUGAAUAGUUGGAGAAGCAUUGUGAGCCUUGCGAUAGUUUAAGAUAUGCUUCUACUUCGACAAGCGAGUUAUUGUAUUGUAUUCGUAGCAAAUGAAGGAUGCACGGACGUGAACGUUUCAUUGUUGAAUUGACAUUAUAAUUUCAGUGACUUGGACUGUCAUUCAUUUUACUGUAAAAAAGAAACAAUGAGGCCUGGGUACCUGAUUGCUUUUUAUUUUUAUGAUAUACUUAUAACAUUUACAUUUUUGUUUUAUUUUCUACGAGGAAAAUCAUUCACAAGGAAGCAGUUUCAAUUGUAGAAAUUUGUAUAUUGAAUAAUAAACCAA